AUGGCUUCGACUGGAACAGCAGCAUCAACACUAGCCCCAGCUGAGACCACCCAAACCGCUCCCUCCAUCACUACCACCGCUGCCAGCAUUGCCAGCAGCAGCACCUCCCACUCAGAGCCCAUCCCCACACCUCGGUCCACGUCCCCCUCCUCUCCCGUUGCCUCGGGUCCAAGACACAGCAAUAAAAUACCACCUGCAGCCUCGUCCGGCCGCAAAUUGAUCAACUUCAAUCCCAUGACGUCCAACGUUGACAUUGCUGCCAUUGAGGAAGGCAUCAAGGCUGCAUCUCUCGACCAGCUCCGCGGAUACGCUCAGAACCAUUACGCUCAGGUCAGCCAAGACAAGGAGACCGAGUACAUCUCAAGAACCAUGGCUGCUGGAUACCCUCUUCUCCGCCAGCCCUUCUGGAACAAGGGUCUCUCCUUUACCCCAGAGGAGCGCGUUGCCAACAACCUCACCGGCCUUCUCCCCCACACGAUUGAGAGUCUGCAGACGCAAUGUGUGCGUGGUAUGAAGAUGAUCAAUUCUCGCCAGACCAACAUCGACAAGUACCUAUACCUGUCCAGCAUCAAGGAGCAGAACAUCGAUCUGUUCUACCGAUUGUUGAUGGACAACGUUCGUGAGUUGAUGCCACUGGUCUACACUCCGACCAUCGGCGAUGUCUGCCUCCAGUACUCCGCCUUAUAUACUCGUCCCGAGGCUCUGUACAUUUCCAUCAAGCAGCGAAAGUCAAUUCGCACAAUGCUUGAGAACUGGCCUUGCCGGGAUCCUGAGAUCUGCGUCGUGACUGACGGUUCCCGUAUCCUGGGUCUCGGUGACCUGGGAAUGAACGGUGUUGGUAUCUCGAUUGGCAAGCUUGCUCUUUAUACAGCUGCCGCUGGUAUCCACCCCGGCAAGACCCUGCCAAUUGUCCUCGACUGUGGCACCAACAACGAAACCAAUCUCAAAGAUCCCCUGUAUCUUGGUCUGCGACAGAAGCGAGUGUCCACCGAGGAUCAGCGUAACUUCAUGGACGAGUUCAUGGCAGCUGUAAAGGAGGUCCACCCCAACAUGGUUGUCCAGUUCGAGGACUUUGAGACCGAAAAGGCCUUCAAGUACCUUGACCGUUAUAGACACACCCAGAGGUGCUUCAACGAUGACAUCCAGGGUACUGGUGCUGUCGUUCUUGCAGGAUAUAUUGGUGCCGUAGACCUUUCUGGCGUGCCCCUCGAGGAGCAGCGCCUUGUUUUCAUGGGCGCUGGUUCCGCUGGUGUCGGUGUUGCCAAGCAGCUCAUGGAGUAUUAUACCCGUAGGGGUCUCUCAGAGGCCGAGGCCAGAGACAAGUUCUGGCUCGUAGACACCAAGGGCCUUGUGACCAAGGACCGUGGUGACAACCUCGCUGAGCACAAGAAGUACUUUGCUCGCACUGACAACAAUGGCAACCAGUACAAGACUCUUGAGGAGGUUAUCAAAUAUGUCAAGCCCUCCGCUCUUGUUGGUCUGACUGCCACAUUCGGUGUCUUCACCGAACCAAUCAUCCGGGCCCUCAAGGCUUCGGUCGAUGAGGGCGGUGCCGGCCGCCGCCCUAUCCUCUUCCCUCUCAGCAACCCUCUGACCAAGGCUGAGUGCACCUUUGAGCAAGCCAUCCAAUGGACUGAUGGUACUGCCAUCUUUGCCUCGGGCUCUCCCUUCCAGAACGUCACUGUUGAUGGUCCAGAGGGUCCUGUCACCUACCACCCUAACCAAGGUAACAACGUCUAUGUCUUCCCUGGCCUGGGUCUGGGAGCCAUCCUCUCCAAGGCUACCAAGGUGACCGACGAGAUGGUCUACACCUCUGCUGCCUCUCUCGCCAAGGCACUUAACGCCGAGGAGGUUCACUUGGGUCUCAUCUAUCCUCGCAUCGAGCGUGUCCGAGAGGCAAGCUUGGUGGUUGCACGCGAGACCAUGAAGGCCGCCCGAAGGGACGGCGUAUCAGAGCUCCCCGAGGAGCAAUGGGUCGAGUGGGAAGAGUGGGGUGAUGUUGCUUUGGAUGCAUACAUCAAGCAACAUGUGUAUGACCCUCAAUCCUUUGAGGCAACCAGGAGCCAGCUGUGA